AUGAUUGAUCCAACCCCACCAUUUGAAAAGCCCACUCAGAGUAUUUGGGACCCUACCCAAGAGUUUUAUGUGGGCUUGCUUUUUGCCGAUAAGGAUGAACUACAAGCUGCUGUUAAACGCUAUCACAUCAAGAGGAACCAAACAUUUUGUGUAAGAGAGUCAGAUCCAGAAUGUUGGUCUGUAAGGUGCAAAAAUUGUUCUUGGCAUCUUCGAGCAUGCUUCUGGGCUACAUAUGGGUUAUUUGAGGUUAGGAAAUACAAUGGUCCACACACAUGUACAGAGUCCACGCUCACACAAGAUCACGAGCAAUUAGACACCCAUGUUAUUGAAAAAGAGUUGAGGGAUGUUGUCAAAAAUGAUUCAACCAUAAAGAUUGCUUCACUUCAACAAACUCUUUACAAUAAGUACCAAUACAGGCCUUCUUAUUUUAAGGUGUGGGAGGCAAAAGAGAAAGCAAUUGGUAGAACGUUUGGUGAUUGGGACAAAUCUUACCAAUUAUUGCCAAAAUGGUUGAAAGCUUUGACUGAUUCAAACCCGGGCAGCAGGGUUAUUUGGAGAACAAUACCUGAUACUAUGCCAGGCUGUGCGAUAUUCGAGAGAGUGUUCUGGGCUUUUGGUCCAUCAAUUGAAGGUUUUCAACAUUGUAGGCCAGUAAUUAGUAUAGAUGGAACUUUCCUAUAUGGUAAGUACAAAGGUACGUUACUGAUUGCAUCAACGUGGGAUGGUGACAACAGACUUUUUCCACUUGCCUUUGCCAUUGUGGAGAAGGAAACUGAUGAUAGCUGGUAUUAG